AUGGAAUUAGAAAAACAGUUAUCAGCAACUUCGUUAUUAUCAACAAUGGAUUCACAAACUGAUAUACAAACUGAUAUACAAACUGAUAUACAAACUGAUAUCAAAAUGGAAACUCAUAUAGCAUUUGAAUGCACUGAAGAUAUUCAAUCUAUUCUAGCUGAAAUUAAACAAGAAAGGAUAUGA